AUGUGUAACGCUCCAUUGCAUGGCCCGAACCUUGUCACUUCACAGUCCUCAAAACCCUCGCGAUCUGAACUUAUCAUGGAUGACAAAGUGAAAGCUUUAGAAGAGCGCACAACAGCAUGGAGAGAUAAAGCCUUGGAGUUUUACCGCGAAUUCGCUUACAUGGUGCACCUGACAAAUCGGAUACGACUUGCACGUUUCAAAGACGCCAUCAUCGCACGUCUACAAGAGGGUCAGGACCAGUUACGGAAGACUGAAAGUAGACAAGAGAAGGAGAUAGUGGCUCAGGAGGUACAGGCUCAUCUUGCUAUCAAGGCGUAUGAGAGCUUGGUCAGGCUAUACGAGAUAUUGCUUGCUUGGGAGAGAUUGGUUGACACCGUGACGUAUGCCGUCGAUGCGUUCAAGCAGGGCCUUGGAUUCAUUGAACGCAGGAAGGCGUACUCUUGUGAGAAGCUCUUCGAUCAAGUCCAUCACUUCCUGCAAGACCAUGAAGGCGUCGGCUUUGGAUACGACAUCCCAUUCCCGCGGGGCUACGAGCCUCCGCCCAAGGUGACCGCGGUGAGCUUUAAAGUGUUUGCCGGCAACUGA